GAAGACAUCCGGUCCCCCCCCCCGAAAAAAAAAUCACAGUUCCUUGGUGCAGUUUAGUCACAUUCAGUCCAUCCUCGGUGCCGAGACAGUUCACAAGCGGGCCCUCCUGUACUUCAAUCGGGCUGAGGUUCUACUGAGCAUCGUGUGUCGAGCGGAGCCUGAAUGUAACACGACAGCUCUAAAGCAACGGCGGCCCGGGCUCUGUGGUGGGAAAAUGACCCGCUUUGCUCCGGUUGCCCAACGAUGCUCCCAUAGUCCAAAGUCGCUGCCGUGUUGGCGUUUGGAAAAGACCGGGCCCGCUACCGAGCCCGGUACCGGCAGGCGUCCCUCGCUUGUGGACCGCCUAGUGGCUUGUCGCGGAUCUUGUUAUUGUUCACUCAAGAUUCAUGGCGACCCAAAACAAACCAGGAGGCCGCUCCGCCGCCAGAAGCGUUCCUUCGACCAGAAAGGCUUUCGCUCGACUCCCACAAAAGCGCCCAACGGACCCGGAAAGAGUCAAAGUGAAGAAGUGACAAAUUUCAGAACUGUACUGGCUCGGUUGGUGCAGAAAACCAGACUCCACCGGAAGCCUCGGUCUCGAGUGACAGUGCUAGCCGCUUGAGCUUCACCGGAAAGCGGGCACACAGGGAACAGGCCGCAGGCCUCUUCUGGUGGUUAGCGGGGCUCUCCUCUUCCCGCUGCUCCUUUCGGCACAGCAGAGGCAAACUGAAGGGAGAUUUAACGUAAAACAAAGUCCUCUUGGAGCUUUUGGUGGAACCAGUGGUGAAGGGAAGUGGCUUUAGUCCUUGUUUGUGUUCGAUGCUACAGCUAGCAGCGGCGUACUCCUCAUUACCGCCCGUAGCUUUUCCCGCUUGCGUCCACAGUGGGGCGCUGUUUCCAAAUCUCGCGAUGACUUCUGUGACGUAUUUAAAACAGUGAACGUCACAAGGAAGCUCAUGUAAUUAAAUUUGAUAAAAGCCCACGUCGUUAAUUUGACUGAUGCUUUGAAGACGAGUUAAUUUUAAGGUUGUGUCACAUGUUAUGUUCCCGGACACUUACAUUUUGGAUGCUUCCUUCCUUAAUUAUUAUUUCCUCUUUUUUUUUUAGGAGUUUCUUGUUCAAUUUCAUGAUCAUAACUAAGAAUAGUCUGUGGGUCUGCAUGAGGUUUAUUUUUAGCAGGCCUAGAAUUCCCCUUUGCUACAAAUAUACACAAACUUAUCGACAUAUAUGGGAAUGGUGGUGCCAACUUCCGAGCCUCCUUCCUCUAAGUUGUCAAUAUUUUCCAUUACAGAUAGAUGUUUCCUAUUUUUACACGUCUGGUCACAGUACUUAAGGACAUCUCAGGUCUGGCUUCCAUCAGUCGUCAAGAGUCCUUUGAUGAAGAUGUGGAGCGCUCUUCUUUGCGUCAGCCGUUGGAUGUUGCUCCUCACCCUGGCGGCAGUAAUAUUUCAAGUGGAUGCCUACGUUCCGGAUGUGCGUCUACCUUGCUGCCGCAGCGUCGCCUCCAGGAGGGUGUUGAGAAUCAAGCGGUGUUUUGAGCAAAAACCACGAGAGGACUGCAACCAGCACGCCUUCCUCAUGGUAACCAAGAGUGGGAAGCAGUGGUGCAUCAGUCCUGCAGCCAAGUGGCUCAAAGACAGGAUGGACAAGAAGCUUGUGAGUCUGCAGAAGAGCUUGCUGAUGGUGGUCAUGCUGGUGACUCUGGUCAAGUGCGGACAAGGAGUAAUCAAGCCCCAUGAAUGCUGCACCAAGGUCGGCACCAAGGAGAUAACGGAGGAAGUGUUGGGGUACAGCGUCAGGAAACCUGUUAAACCAUGUGUGCCCGCUGUCAUCUUCUACACUACAAGCGGCCAUUACUGCGCUCACAUCCACGCCCCGUGGGUCCGAAAGAAGGCAGCGGCAAUCGAGAAAGCCAACGCGCAGAGAAUGAGCACCCUCUCGCCGCCCAAAACCACGCUGCUCUCCAUCCUGGCUUCCACGGCCUCAUACGCGUCCUCGGCGCCUUCGCACACUCCCUUUGUGUCCUCAUUCGCUCCCUCAGCGUCCCCCUCGCCUUCCUCCGCUUCACCGUGAUGCCAUUCAAAACUCCAUUGAGAAAAUUUGCACUUUUGUUUUGUUUGCUAGGAUGAAAAUUGAAGCACACUCUUACUUGAGCCCAAUAUUUACUAUCUUGCAAUUAUUUAUUUGUUUAAUUUAAUAGCCGGUUUAUUUAUAAGUUAUUUUGACUUUCUGGUAGGGUAGAUUUUAUUUAUGAUGUUCCAGUGUUAACGCUUAGGAAAGUAUGCAUGUAUGUUAUUUUGCCAGUUCUGUACUAUUCACGCAUGGACAAUAAAAUGACAUCUGCA